AUGUCUCAAAACCCGACAAUCCAGACUGCAUACCCUGUCGACUUCACCGGCAUUCCAUCCCCCCUGCAUUACCCGAACACGACAUCCCCGUCCUCUCCUCAUAUGGACGCAUCCGGGUGUCCGGAGUUAUCAAUUCUAUCCAUCAAUGUUUUCUACUCUCAAAAAGAUAUAAAUAUAAAGCAAUGUGAAAGUAAUUGUCGAAGCCUUGAAGUUGACAUUCUCUAUUCUUCGCAUUCUCUUGACUACUAUCCUUUAGAACAAUCAAGUACAGACAAGAAGUCGGAACAAAUCAUGGAACAAGCGAAGAAUCCUCUUAUCCCUGCGGAUAGGCCAAUACCAUUUGAGUCUUUGUCACAUGAUAUCACCUCCUCAUUAAUCAACAAUUCUACAUCGACGUCGAGUCAAUCAUCAUUCCCCUUCCUAUCUCUCCCCAUAGAGAUCCGCCUAAAAAUCUAUCUCCUCCUUCUUCCACCCCGCCACCACAAAAUCACAACCCAAAUCCCACACAAUGGAUACUACUUCCCACCCACCUCAAUUCCCUGCUUCGCAGCCCAAUCAUUCUAUCCCGUCCACCCAAACACCCCCCAAAAACUCACCACCUACAAAAUUCUCUCGGCAAAUUCCCACACCGAUCACCCCAAUCCAAGUAUCCAUACCCGCAUUUUAAGCGUAUGCAAACAAACCAAAGAAGAAGCCGAAGAGGUGCUUUAUGGAAAUGGAAAGAGUAUCUGGGAUUUCGGCAUGAAUAUCGAGGCUAUGAAUCCUUUUUGGCAUGAUAGAAGUCAGGGUGCACGGGCAUGGAUAAGGAACUUGAGAAUUGCAAGGGAAAUUCCUAUGACUGCAGAGAUAUGUGCGGGUAGGGAUGUGGUAUGGGAUGAUGUGUGUAGACUCAUCAUGCGCGAAUUGUCAGGAUUGAGAUAUCUGGAUUUAACGGUUUGGGGAAAUGCGAUAACAGCGAGUCGUUUGGAGGGUUUGUUGGCAUCAAGGAUUUCGCAGGUGCUGCCGUUGGAUGAGGGCGAGGUGGAGGUAAAGGAUGAGGAUGAUGAAGCGCAAAAACAGAGGGAAAAAGUUAAGCAUGAGCGCGAUAUUUACGAAUGGGAAUGGGGUUACACGAGGAAAUUACUAGAGCAUGGUGGGUUGAGUAGCGCAAAGGUUACGUGGUGGGGGUUUAGAGAGGGAGUCAAAACUUUCUUGGCAAAGUGGAUGUUGGAGAGUGAGUCGUUGACGGAGGAGAUGGUUAGGGAGGGGGAUGUUGUGCAGGGGGUGAAAAUUUGGAAUGGGAGUGGGGAUGGGAAUGGGGAUGGGAAUGGGAAUGGGGUUUGA